ACACUGCACAAAGUGUAAUAUAAAGCCCGGCUUGCAGAUAACGAACUGAAAAUUGUGCAAACCACAGAGGUCAUAUGAUUCUUCGCGAUAUGGGAGAAGCCACAGUGAGAGCUGCACUGUUAGCGGUUUUGGGAAUCCUGCUGAUCGCGGGCUGUGAUUGCAGCCAGCGGUUCAAGUACGAGAUCAAGGAGUUCCAGGUGCCGCUGGACCAUUUCAGCUUCCUGAUCAACGCCACCUUCAACAUCCGGUACUUGUACAACGACUCGUUCGUGGACAAGAGCAAUGCCCGCACCCCGAUUUUCUUCUACACGGGCAACGAGGGGGACAUCGAACUCUUCGCCCAGAAUACCGGAUUCCUGUGGGAGCAGGCGGAACGACAGCGGGCUCUGGUGAUCUUUGCGGAGCAUCGUUACUAUGGAAAGUCAUUGCCCUUCGGUAGCUCCACGUUCAACACCAGCCUGCCGGAGCACUUGGCUUACUUCACAGUGGAGCAGACGCUCGAGGACUACGCCAUGCUGAUCACGUUCCUGCGGAACGAUCGCCAGAUGCCCGUGGUGGCCUUCGGGGGCUCCUAUGGCGGAAUGCUGGCCGCCUGGUUCCGGAUGAAGUAUCCGCAUUUGGUCAACGGAGCCCUGGCAGCCUCGGCGCCCGUUCUGCAGUUCCCCGGGAUAACCGAUUGCGACAUCUUCUACAGGAUUGUGACAUCGGUGUUCCAGAAUGCCUACAACGAAAACUGCACCUUGAAUAUUGCCAAGUCGUGGAAACUCUUCGAGACUCUGGGCGCCAGCGAGGCCGGCAAGAAGCAGAUAUCGGAUGCAUUCCACCUAUGCAAUGCCCUGAAGAACGACGACGAUCUGAAGAAGUUCCUGGACUACGUGGAGGAGGUGUACAGCAAUCUCGCCAUGGUCAAUUACCCGUACAACAGCAGUUUCCUGGCCCCAUUACCUGCCUAUCCCGUGAGGCAGGUGUGCUACUACCUGAAGGAGCUGCAUUCCACCGACGCCGAUUUGCUGCACGCCAUGUCCAGCGCUUUGGCUGUCUACACCAACUACACACAGUCCGCCAAGUGCCUCGAUAUAUCCGUCAACUCCAACGCCGAUGACUCCGGUUGGAAUAUCCAGAGCUGCAACCAGAUGGUGAUGCCCAUCUGCUCCAAUGGCUCCGAAACCAUGUUCCGCACGUCCAGCUGGAACUUCAAGGAUUACGCGGAAAAGUGCUACAAGAACUACCGUCUCACCCCCAAGCCAUACGACAUCAUUCUGCGCUAUGGCGGCAGAAACCUGGAGGCUGCGACCAACAUCAUCUUCAGCAACGGUCUUCUGGAUCCCUGGAGCGGUGGCGGUGUGCUUCAGGCUCCCAACGACAAGGUCUUCGUCAUCAUCCUGCCCGAGGGAGCCCAUCACUUGGACUUGCGCCACAGCGAUCCGGCCGAUCCACCUUCUGUGCGCGAUGCCCGCGAUAAGGAAGCAGCCAUCAUAGCACGAUGGAUCCAAGAUUUCUGAAGCGAGAUUACUUUUACCCAUACUGAAUCGCUCCACUAUGGGGAUUCAUAUUAUAUAACAGCCGAGCAAGGCCAGAUUAAUCAAAUAUUUGGUAUUCUUAAACCAAGGAACAAAUUAUGAAACACUCAGUUUAAGAUCACAAAAAUUAUAAGCCAUACUAAAGUUUUUUGAAUUGAAGAUCCUGUUUGCACAUUCGAUUAAUAUGGAGUAUUUAGUAGUUUUGUGAAAUACUAUAUUUUCAUUAACUAUGAUGGAGAAGGAUGACGUUUUGGACCUGGCAAUGGUGAAUAGGACUAGUUCAUUAUUUACUUGGAUUGCCAAUAUAAUUCAUAAAAACAAAUAGAAAUUUAUACAAUUG